UCCACUCCCCACACACCCUGCCACCCCCAAUUCCCUCGGCCAAACCCCCGCCCCUCAGUCCGCUUCUACUGCUUUCUCACGCCGCACGCUCGGGAACACAGGAACGGAAUGGACGCGGAAGGGAGCCAGAGCAGCCUGUCCUCUGCGGACUCCCCCCACGACCCCUGCAAAAUGUUCAUUGGUGGUCUCAGCUGGCAGACGACCCAAGAUGGAUUGAAGGAGUACUUCAGCAAGUUCGGCGAAGUGAAGGAGUGCAUGGUAAUGCGGGAUCCGGUUACCAAGCGGUCGAGGGGCUUCGGAUUUGUCACCUUUGUGGACCAGCCUGGAGUGGAUAAAGUUUUGGCCCAAACCAGACACGAAUUGGACUCUAAAACUAUCGACCCGAAAGUGGCGUUCCCACGAAGGGCUCAGCCCAAGCCGGUCACUCGAACGAAGAAGAUCUUCGUCGGAGGCCUGUCAGUCAAUACCACCAUCGAAGACGUGAAGCAGUAUUUCGACCAGUUUGGGAAGGUGGAUGACGCCAUGCUCAUGUUCGACAAGACAACCAACCGGCACAGAGGGUUCGGCUUUGUGACCUUCGAGAACGAAGACGUGGUGGAGAAGGUGUGCGAGAUCCACUUCCAUGAAAUCAACAACAAGAUGGUCGAGUGCAAGAAGGCUCAGCCAAAGGAAGUAAUGUCACCCACAGGGUCCACGAGAGGGCGCUCCCGGGUGGUCCCCUAUGGCAUGGAUGCCUUCAUGCUGGGGAUUGGCAUGCUGGGUAAGAUGGCAGCGCCAGUGUCCCAUCUUACAGUGCCCAGGCCACAAGGCUAUCCAGGGUUCCAGGCUGCCACUUACGCCAGUCGCACCUACGCUGGCAUCACCCCCGGAUACACCUACCAGUUCCCUGAAUUCCAUUUAGAGAGGACCCCACUUCUGACAUCACCCCACCCUCCUGAGAUCACAGCCAUUCCUCUGACAGCUUAUGGACCAAUGGCGGCAGCAGCGGCAGCGGCUGUGGUUAGAGGUACAGGCUCUGCUCCAUCUCGCUCAGCCGGCUUCCUGGGUGCCAGCAGCCCGGGGCCUAUGGCCGACUUGUAUGGCGCAGCCAAUCAAGACUCUGGUGUCAGCAGUUACAUCAGCGCUGCCAGCCCAGCACCCAGCACCGGCUUUGGCCACAGCCUCGGGGGGCCACUGAUCGCCACGGCAUUCACAAACGGCUACCACUGAAAAGGAGGGGCGCUGGAUGAGCAGGCAGGAGGGCCGGGCCCCCAAUCCUGCUGCCCCGGCCGGACAACAUGCUACUGCCGCUGCCACCGACUCCUUCCACAUGCAGAAGACUGUUCAUUUCCUGUUCUGUUCCCUCUACUUCCUGUCCAACUUCCUGUCCGAUUUUUCUAUUCUGUCAUUACGCUCCUGUAGAUUUCCCUUUUUAUAGGUUUAAUAGAGUCAGCGUAACUGAUAUUUUUUAAUUAACUGCAUAGCAUCUUAAAAGAAGAAGUCAAAGAACAAAAUGUACAAAAAUUUAGGAAAGCUGUUAAUGUUUCUUUGCCUAUUCUUUAUGGCAUUUUAAUUUAAUUGUUAUUUGACUGUCUAAUAUUGGUUAGCUGAACAUUUUGUCAGAGCCUGAAACCAUCAUUGCAAUGAUACAGAGGGAGAGUGAACAAAAAUUAGCCUAAAUUAGCGUAAGAAUAACUUUUCUCUAGAUGAAUGAUACUUGUGGGGGGGGGGCACUGAUCCCAGCUUGUGCGGAUGUUUGAUGUCUCUGUGUUAGGUUCUUAAUGAAUUUUAACAAGUUGAAAUGAUCUAAUCAAAAUCUUUUUUACAAAAAGGUGUGCAAAAAGGAUAAACAAGAAUGUAUAUUUUGGUAGUUUUAAAGCAAAAGAACAACAUUUGUAAUAUUAAUAAUGAUCACAGUGGUGAAGAUAAUCAAGAACAUAUUUUAUGUAUUUGGUUUUAAACAAUGUUUUCCUCUGCUUGUAAAAUAUUGUAAAUAUAGCUUUCUCCUUUGAAUUUUACUUUUGUGGGGGGACCACAAGGCAGGCUGGGAGUGCGGGGGGGGCAUGUUUUGUGAGACCUGGAGAUGAUUGUAUAGUUGGGGAUGAAAACCUGAAGUGUUAAAGGUCAGCAUGUCCCCCAGGCAGGAGGGGGGAGGUCUGAAGCAGGGGCCACUCUGUCCUCCUCCUGGGGGCGGGACAUUUCUAAAGAAACUUUUAUAAAACUCCUAUUUCCAUCUUUCUGAUACGUCAUGCUUUCCACCAAAGCAGGCUGAGGUUCAGCUCUCGCUACCACAGCUAGCUCUCACCACGUUCCCCAGUGUCGGCUGCCUUGCCCACGGUUGAGCACGAACAGUUUGUAAGCAGCAUUACAUGAUGCCCUUUUAUGGUCAGCGUGGGGAGGGUGAGGGGUGGGUGGUCUCUUCCUUUCAGAUCCUGCUGGAGAUCCCCAGCUGCAUUUGGUACUGAUUUGCACAAUUCAGCAUUACAUUCAGAUUGACUUUACAGCCCUCUGCGCUACCGAUGGACUCUGGAGGGGCAACGAGCCUCGAAAUGCGGAGGGGCAACAGUUUGGAUGGAUAAAGAGCAGGAAGAAGGAGGCUGUGUGUACGAAGGCCUACAGGAAGCUCAGUCCUGACGUUCAGCGUGGACGGACGCAGAAGAAGCCUGUGGGCAGAACAGACCGGGGAUUAUGGUGAGGAGAAAAUAUCUGCCAUCCUUUGGAUAAGAAGGCGAAUCCCUUCAUGUGCAAAACAAAGAAAGAGCUGGACCCAAGGUCCUGUGUGCUGUUGAUGUUUUGCAGAUUAUGGGUAGAUUUUGGGGACGUCUGGGCCUUUAAAUGUGCUAAUUGCUUCAGUUUGUGGUUACAUCUUAUGUCGCUUUUGUUUCAUCCACUAUGAAUUAUUGUUAAUAAUGAUUGGUAAAUUUAAUAAAUAUGAAGGACAAACGUAA